AUGGUCCGCUUUGGAGACGAGCUGGGCGGCCGCUAUGGGGGCGCCGGCAGCGGGGAGCGGGUCCGGGGCGGCGGGGCCGGCGGGGCGGGCGGCCCGGGCCCCGGGGGUCUGCAGCCCGGCCAGCGGGUCCUCUACAAGCAGUCGAUCGCGCAGCGCGCGCGGACCAUGGCGCUCUACAACCCCAUUCCGGUCAAGCAGAACUGCUUCACCGUCAACCGCUCGCUCUUCAUCUUCAGCGAGGACAACGUCGUCCGCAAAUACGCAAAGCGCAUCACCGAGUGGCCUCCUUUCGAGUACAUGAUCCUGGCUACCAUCAUCGCCAACUGUAUCGUGCUGGCACUGGAGCAGCACCUCCCCGACGGGGACAAGACGCCCAUGUCCGAGCGGCUGGAUGACACGGAGCCGUACUUCAUCGGGAUCUUCUGCUUCGAAGCGGGCAUCAAGAUUGUCGCCCUGGGCUUUGUCUUCCACAAGGGCUCCUACCUGCGGAACGGCUGGAACGUCAUGGACUUCGUGGUGGUCCUCACGGGGAUCCUGGCCACGGCGGGCACCGACUUCGACCUGCGCACCCUGCGGGCCGUGCGCGUGCUCAGGCCCCUGAAGCUGGUGUCCGGGAUUCCGAGUCUGCAGGUUGUGCUCAAGUCCAUCAUGAAGGCCAUGGUCCCGCUCCUGCAGAUCGGGCUGCUUCUCUUCUUCGCCAUCCUCAUGUUCGCCAUCAUUGGUCUCGAGUUCUACAUGGGCAAAUUCCACAAGGCCUGUUUCCCCAACGGCACAGAUGCGGAGCCCGUGGGUGACUUCCCCUGUGGCAAGGAGGCCCCGGCCCGGCUGUGCGAGGGUGACGCCGAGUGCCGCGAGUACUGGCCGGGCCCCAACUUCGGCAUCACCAACUUCGACAACAUCCUGUUUGCCAUUUUGACAGUGUUCCAGUGCAUCACCAUGGAGGGCUGGACCGACAUCCUCUACAACACAAAUGAUGCAGCAGGCAAUACCUGGAACUGGCUCUACUUCAUCCCACUCAUCAUCAUAGGCUCCUUUUUCAUGCUCAACUUGGUGCUGGGUGUGCUCUCAGGAGAGUUUGCCAAGGAGCGUGAGCGGGUGGAGAACCGCCGGGCCUUCCUCAAGCUCCGCCGGCAGCAGCAGAUCGAGCGAGAGCUCAACGGGUACCUGGAGUGGAUUUUCAAGGCCGAGGAGGUCAUGCUGGCCGAGGAGGACGAGAACGCCGAGGAGAAGUCGCCUUUGGAUGUGCUGAAGAGGGCAGCCACCAGGAAGAGCCGGAACGACCUGAUCCACGCUGAGGGUGGCACCGACCGGCUCGCGGACCUCUGCGCCGUGGGUUCUCCCUUCGCCCGGGCCAGCCUCAAGAGCGGCAAGAACGAGAGCUCCUCCUACUUUCGGCGGAAAGAGAAGAUGUUCCGGUUCUUCAUCCGCCGCAUGGUGAAGGCGCAGAGUUUCUACUGGGUCGUGCUGUGCGUCGUGGCCCUGAACACGCUCUGCGUGGCCAUGGUGCAUUACAACCAGCCGCAGCGGCUCACUACUGCCCUGUACUUUGCAGAGUUUGUUUUCCUGGGUCUCUUCCUCACAGAGAUGGCCCUGAAGAUGUACGGACUGGGGCCCAGGAGUUACUUCCGAUCCUCCUUCAACUGCUUCGAUUUUGGGGUCAUUGUGGGGAGCAUCUUUGAAGUGGUCUGGGCUGCGAUCAAACCGGGGACCUCCUUUGGGAUCAGCGUGCUGCGGGCGCUCCGCUUGCUGAGGAUCUUCAAAGUCACAAAGUACUGGAGCUCCCUGCGGAACCUGGUGGUGUCUCUGCUCAACUCCAUGAAGUCCAUCAUCAGCCUCCUCUUCCUGCUCUUCCUCUUCAUUGUGGUCUUCGCUUUGCUGGGGAUGCAGCUCUUCGGGGGCCAGUUCAACUUUCAAGAUGAGACUCCAACCACUAACUUUGACACGUUCCCCGCUGCCAUCCUCACUGUCUUCCAGAUCCUGACCGGGGAGGACUGGAAUGUCGUGAUGUAUCACGGCAUCGAGUCGCAGGGCGGCGUCAGCAGAGGCAUGUUCUCGUCCUUCUACUUCAUCGUCCUCACGCUGUUCGGAAACUACACCCUGCUGAAUGUCUUCCUGGCCAUCGCGGUGGACAACCUCGCCAACGCCCAAGAGCUGACCAAGGAUGAAGAGGAGAUGGAGGAAGCAGCCAAUCAGAAGCUUGCUCUGCAAAAGGCCAAAGAAGUGGCUGAAGUCAGCCCCAUGUCUGCUGCCAACAUCUCCAUCGCUGCCAGGCAGCAGAACUCGGCCAAGGCGCGCUCGGUGUGGGAGCAGCGCGCCAGCCAGCUGCGGCUGCAGAGCAUGCGGGCCAGCUGCGAGGCGCUCUACAGCGAGCUGGAGCCCGAGGAGCGGCUGCGCUUCGCCACCGCGCUGCACCUGCGGCCCGACGUGAAGACGCACCUGGACCGGCCCCUGGUGGUGGAGCCCGGCCGCGAGGGCGCGCGCGCUCCCGCGGGGGGCAAGGCCCGGCCGGGCGCCAACGGCCCCGACGCCGGGGAGCCCGCUCGGCCCCCGGACGCGCCGCGCAGGCACCACCGCCACCGCGACAAGGCCCCGGGCCCCGCGGCGGGGGAGCAGGAGCGCGCCGAGGGCGGGGAGCCCGGGGCCCGGGAGGAGCGGCCCCGGCCGCGCCGCAGCCACAGCAAGGAGGCCGCGGGCCCCCGGGACGGCCGGCGCCACCACCGCAGGGGCUCCCCGGAGGAGGCGGCCGAGAGGGAGCCGCGGCGCCACCGCGCCCACCGGCACGCGCCCGAGCGGCCCGAGGAGGGCGCCGGCGCCAAGGCCGAGCGGCGGGCGCGGCACCGCGGCGGCUCCCGGCCGGGGCCGCGGGAGGCGGAGGGCGCGGAGGAGGCGGCGCGCAGGCACCGGCCGCGGCACAAGGCGGAGGCCGCGGAGAAGGAGGGCGAGGCCCCGGACCCGGACCCGGAGCGGGCCGCCGGCCGGGACCAGCAGCCCCCGGAGCUGCACAGCGACGUGGAGGCCAGUGGGACGAUGGGAGUGGGCCCCGUGCACGCACUGCCUAGCACCGCUCUCCAGAAGGUGGUGGAGCAGCCGGAGGAUGCUGACAAUCAGCGGAACGUCACUCGGAUGGGGAGCCACCCCUCGGGCCUGAGUGCCACCGUGCACACCCCAGGGAUGCUGAUGGGCCCUCCCGGGGAGAGCACAGUUGUUCCCAGUGGCAACGUGGACCUGGAGAGCCAAGCAGAGGGGAAGAAGGAGGUGGACGCGGACGAGGCGACGCGGAGCGGCCCCCGGCCAAUCGUCCCUUACAGCUCCAUGUUCUGUUUGAGCCCCACGAACCUGCUCCGCCGCUGCUGCCACUACAUCGUGAGCCUGCGGUACUUCGAGAUGGUCAUUCUCGUGGUCAUCGCCCUGAGCAGCAUCGCCCUGGCUGCCGAGGACCCCGUGCGGACGGACUCGCCCAGGAACAACGCUCUGAAAUACCUGGAUUACAUUUUCACCGGUGUCUUUACUUUUGAGAUGGUGAUAAAGAUGAUUGACCUGGGGCUACUGCUGCACCCCGGGGCCUACUUCCGGGACCUGUGGAACAUUCUGGACUUCAUUGUGGUCAGUGGGGCCCUGGUGGCGUUUGCUUUCUCAGGAUCCAAAGGGAAAGACAUCAACACCAUCAAGUCCCUGAGAGUUCUGCGUGUCUUGCGGCCUCUGAAGACCAUCAAGCGGCUGCCCAAGCUCAAGGCCGUGUUUGACUGCGUGGUGAACUCCCUGAAGAACGUGCUCAACAUCCUCAUCGUCUACAUGCUCUUCAUGUUCAUAUUUGCCGUGAUCGCUGUGCAGCUCUUCAAGGGGAAGUUUUUCUACUGCACCGACAAGUCCAAGGAGCUGGAGAGGGACUGCAGGGGCCAGUAUUUGGAUUAUGAAAAGGAGGAAGUGGAAGCUCAGCCUCGGCAGUGGAAGAAAUACGACUUUCACUAUGACAACGUGCUCUGGGCUCUGCUGACCCUGUUCACCGUGUCCACGGGAGAAGGGUGGCCUGUGGUGCUGAAGCACUCCGUGGACGCCACCUACGAGGAGCAGGGGCCAAGCCCUGGGUUCCGCAUGGAGUUGUCCAUCUUCUACGUCGUCUACUUCGUGGUCUUCCCCUUCUUCUUUGUCAACAUCUUCGUGGCCUUGAUCAUCAUCACCUUCCAGGAGCAGGGGGACAAGGUGAUGUCCGAGUGCAGCCUGGAGAAAAACGAGAGGGCGUGCAUCGACUUCGCCAUCAGCGCCAAGCCCCUGACGAGGUACAUGCCGCAGAACAGGCAGUCGUUCCAGUACAGGACGUGGACGUUCGUGGUGUCCCCUCCCUUCGAGUACUUCAUCAUGGCCAUGAUCGCGCUCAACACGGUCGUGCUGAUGAUGAAGUUUCACGGUGCGCCCGACGAGUACGAGGUGAUGCUGAAGUGCCUGAACAUCAUGUUCACGUCCAUGUUCUCGAUGGAGUGUGCCCUGAAGAUCACGGCCUUCGGGGUGCUGAACUAUUUCAGAGAUGCCUGGAAUGUGUUUGACUUUGUCACUGUGUUGGGAAGUAUUACUGAUAUUUUAGUAACAGAGAUUGCGGAUACGCACAACUUCAUCAACCUGAGCUUCCUGCGUCUCUUCCGGGCUGCCCGGCUCAUCAAGCUGCUCCGCCAGGGCUACACCAUCCGCAUCCUGCUGUGGACCUUCGUCCAGUCCUUCAAGGCCCUGCCCUAUGUGUGUCUGCUCAUCGCCAUGCUCUUCUUCAUCUACGCCAUCAUCGGCAUGCAGGUUUUCGGAAACAUUGCCCUGGACGACGACACGAGCAUCAAUCGGCACAACAACUUCCGGACGUUUCUCCAAGCCUUGAUGCUGCUCUUCAGGAGCGCCACGGGGGAGGCCUGGCACGAGAUCAUGCUGUCGUGUCUCAGCAACCAGGCCUGCGACGAGCUCGCCAAUGCCAGCGAGUGUGGGAGCGACUUUGCCUACUUCUACUUCGUCUCCUUCAUCUUCCUGUGCUCCUUCCUGAUGCUGAACCUCUUUGUAGCCGUCAUCAUGGACAACUUCGAGUACCUCACGCGGGACUCCUCCAUCCUGGGGCCUCACCACCUGGACGAGUUCACCCGCGUCUGGGCUGAAUAUGACCCGGCCGCGUGCGGGCGCAUCAGUUACAAUGACAUGUUUGAGAUGCUGAAACACAUGUCCCCACCUCUGGGCCUGGGGAAGAAAUGUCCUGCUCGAGUUGCAUAUAAGCGCCUGGUUCGCAUGAACAUGCCCAUUUCCAACGAGGACAUGACGGUCCACUUCACGUCCACGCUGAUGGCCCUGAUCCGGACUGCCCUGGAGAUCAAGCUGGCCCCAGCUGGGACGAAGCAGCAGCAGUGGGACGCAGAGCUGAGGAAGGAGAUUUCCUCGGUGUGGGCCAACUUGCCCCAGAAGACGCUGGACUUGCUGGUGCCUCCCCAUAAACCUGAUGAGAUGACAGUGGGGAAAGUCUACGCAGCGCUGAUGAUAUUUGACUUCUACAAACAAAACAAAACCACCAGAGACCAGAUUCACCAAGCUCCUGGAGGCCUAUCUCAGAUGGGCCCCGUGUCCCUGUUCCACCCCCUGAAGGCCACGCUGGAGCAGACGCAGCCAGCUGUGCUCCGAGGAGCCCGAGUGUUCCUUCGGCAGAAGAGCUCCACCUCUCUCAGCAAUGGGGGGGCCGUGCCCACACAGGAGAGUGGCAUCAAGGAGUCCGUCUCCUGGGGAACUCAGCGGACCCAGGAUGUGCCUUACGAGGCACGGGCACCCCUGGAGCGGGGCCACUCUGUAGAGAUUCCUGUGCUGCAGCCGGAACCCCCGGCUGUGGAUGUCCAGAUGCAGGAUAUAACCCUGAGAGGCCCCAGUGGGGAGCCCCAACCCGGACUGGAGAGCCAGGGCCGAGCAGCCUCCAUGCCCCGCCUGGCAGCAGAGACACAGCCCGCUCCCGGCUCCAGCCCCAUGAAGCGCUCAGUCUCCACCCUGGCCCCCCAGCGCCCCCACGUAGCUCGCGUCUACGCCGCGCUGGACCGAGCUCCGGCCGGCCAGGGCCCGCACCACCACCACCACCGCUGCCAUCGCCGCAGGGACAAGAAGCAGAAGUCCCUGGACAAGGCGCCCAGCCUGUCGGCCGAGGCGGACGCUGCAGCGCACGGCUCGGGCCCGGGGCUCCCGAGCGCGGCAGAGGGGCCGGGCCCGGGUCGGCGCGAGCGCAGGCAGGAGCGCGGCCGGUCCCAGGAGCGGAAGCAGCACUCGUCCUCGUCCUCCGAGAAGCAGCGCUUCUACUCCUGCGACCGCUUCGGCGGCCGGGACCCCGCGCUGCCCAAGGCCGCCCUCGGCAGCCACCCCACGUCCCCGACGGCCGGGCCGGAGCCGGGCCCCCAGAGGCAGGGUGGCGGUUCAGGUAAUGGGAGCCCCUUGCUGUCGACAUCUGGUGCUAGCACCCCAGGCCGUGGCGGGCGGAGGCAGCUCCCCCAGACCCCCUUGACCCCCCGCCCCAGCAUCACCUACAAGACUGCCAACUCCUCGCCCGUCCACUUCGCCGGGGCUCAGACCAGCCUCCCCGCAUUCUCCCCUGGCCGGCUCAGCCGUGGCCUUUCCGAACACAACGCCCUGCUCCAGAGGGACGCUCCCAGCCCGCCCCUGGCGCCUGGCUCUCGGAUCGGCUCCGACCCUUAUCUGGGGCAGCGCCUGGGCAGCGAGGGCCCUGCCCGCACCCUGCCUGAAGACACGCUCACCUUCGAGGAGGCGGUGGCCACCAACUCAGGCCGCUCCUCGAGGACUUCCUAUGUGUCCUCCCUGACCUCCCAGUCCCACCACCUCCGCCGCGUGCCCAACGGCUACCACUGCACCCUGGGGCUCGGCGCGGGCAGCCGGGCGCGCCACAGCUACCACCAGCCCCCCGACCGAGAUGACUGGUGCUAGCCGGCCUGGCCGCACAUGCUCCUGGGAGGCCGGGCCAUCGAUGAGUUUUAUCAUCGCACCGGGCUCCUGGAUGCGCGGAGGGGAAGGGCCUGCCUCGCCGGCCGCCCGUGACAGAGGCUCCUGCUGCUUCUCCCUCUCCCUGGAUGGACGGGUGGAUGGAUGAUAAAGCCCUUUCUUGAAGGGAUGUGGCUUUCUCUGUCCCCCUCGUGUGCUGCGUUCCUGGGUCUCAUGCCACACGUCAGACGCUAAUUGUGAAGUGCCGUGAGUGGCCGAGAAGGACAUGGUGAACCCAAAUCCUCUGUAACGGACUCUGGAGUCUGGGGUUUGGUGCAGCCCUUUUUCCAGGGCCUGGGUCUUAUGGGGAGCAGACGGUUUCCCCCGUGCAGGACAGGGUCGAGCAAGGCCUCGGGACGGAGCCGGUGGACCUGGAGCCCACAGCCGCGCCCGUGAGCAGCACACUCAAGUCAGUUGCCCCUGGUGCCCUGGGAAUGCACCUCAGACGUGCUCUGUCCUUUCUCAGGCCACGGUCAACCCUGACAGGGACCAAAUCCAGAAAAUAUUCUUGCUGUUGAUUUUGAGGUUUAAUCACAACACCCUCACUCUUUUGUCAUUUCUAUAUACUUGAUUUAGAAAAAAAUAGAAAACCAGAAAAAUGGGGAAGGGAAUGUUAGCAUAAUUUUUUUAAAAAACCGAACCACUAGGAAGAUCUUGACUUCCCAUUGUGCAUUUUUGUAUCCCGUGUGAGGGUCAUCCUGGUGCGGUGUGCGGGCGCUGCUGGCUGCUCGCGAACAAGUGCCUGACCCCUGGACCCCCCUCGGGUGGGGCCAGCGGGCGGUGUGGCCCCUCCCAGCAACCGACCAGGAAACGCGUCGCGGAGAGCGCACCAAUGGCAGCCAGUAGGAAGCUUGAGCUGGAAACGAGGCAGCCACUUCCCGCUGCCCUGUGGCAGGUCCGGGGUCUCCUGGGAAGCUACAGGGCAGGGGAGAGCCAGCCUGCAUGGGGCAGGGGCUGCCACUCAGGCAGGGGCAUUUCCGGCCCCUUCCGUGUGUGAUUCCCGGGGAAGAAGGGCACGAUCUCUGCCGUGUGUGGAACUGUGUUUCCUUUCACAUGAGGCCCCAGAGAGGGAAGAGGCUGGCAGAGAUGAGCGCUCGGGCUGGGCGUGUUGGGUGUGGGGCCCUCGUGGGAGGGUCGGCCCGAGCAGGAGGAGGGCAGUGGGGAAGGCGAGAGGCGGGAACUUAGAGCAGGGGGUCCUUGAGGAGAAACCCCCACAGCUUCACUGAGGUUGGGGCAUCCAGAGCUCUGCGGUGGCUCCAGGCACAGACGAGGAAGAGCAGCAGGUGAGACCAGCCCCGUGGGCCAGGUCCUGUGAAAUGCCGGGCGACCCCCCUUGCACUAGGAAAAGGACACUUAGCUGGCAGAUUAUGUGGUGGUCUCCAGAUUUUGACGUUUCAGAUGAACUCUCUUCUGGAUUGCUGUAAUGUUCUGAAUGGCUUUUGCCCCCUGAGUUUCCCUAAAGACACCUUGUGCAUGGUGCUCUUGCACAGGAUCUGCAAGGUGUAGGUGUGUGAGGUAUGUUCAGGUGUGUUCAGGUGUGCGGACGCCCUUAACCCUCAGGACUGUGCAACAGGAGACACACGCGCCAUUGGAACAAAACGAGGUCACCGGGAGUUCUAGGUUUCAGCCUGACCGUGACAGGGCUUUCAUACCCUUUCCUUACACAGUUCACAACACGCGGAAACUGGAGCCAUAGCAGCAUUUGAUCCCGACAGGAUAAAGCUCAGCAGGAGUCUCUGGCUGCACGUGAGUGCUGUGCUCGCAUGGCAGAGUAGGAGGAGGUGUAUUUUGGUUCCGAUGGGUUGUCUCUGGUUUCCUCACCCUGCCCCAUGCCCUCACUGUGUUGGGUGUCGAGUGUGUCCACUCUGUGAAGCACAGCCACUUUUACCCGGGCUGUGUUGGGUCGAGACUCCUCUUUCCUGCACCCACACGGCCUCACUGGCCUGUCUGAAUUCUUCUAGGGAUUGGAAAAACAGUGGAAAUUGUAGGGAGAGGGGGAAAGGACAUACUUUGUCUUAUUUUCCUGACUGUGGGUUUUGUUCCUGUCUCUUCUCAAGCUAUCAUGUUUCCCCUGAAAUCUCACAGUGACUUGCCAAAUUUGAAAUGCAUCACCCAGUUCUCUGCAUCUGAGACCAUUCAAGCAGUGGCUGUAGUUUGAACAAGUUGUGUGUGCAUGUAAAAUAUAUACAUAUAUACAUAUAUACAAGUAUGUGCAUGAGAAUGUAUAUCUUCGUACUUUUGAUACAAUGUAUUCUUUAUUUGUUAAUUUUUAAUUAUAUUUGAUAUAAAUGGCAGGUUUGUUGCAAAACUUUAUAUUUAAGAACAGUGUUUAAAAAAAAGAAGUCCCAACCAUGCAACUCAACUGGGACUUACUUAAAAAAAUUCUGUGAUUGACUAGUUUGCUGCCUGAAUGCUAUUUAUCAACAAAACUUUGAAUUCUGCUAUUGUUUCUACAAUGACAUUUUGUAUGAAGCAAAGUCCUUGGAUUAAAAUAAAAACUUAGCAAAAAAUCAGAAACAGAAA